AUGGAUGAAGGUGGUAAUGAGAUGGUGGAUGAAAUAAACAUGUACUAUGACUGUAGGUACAUCUCUGCGUGCGAGGCAGCAUGGAGGUUGUUUAGUUUUGAAGUUCAGUACAGGACUCCACCGGUUGAGCGACUAAGCUUUCACUUGCCUGACUGCCAAUCAGUCGUGUUCCAAGAUGAUGAUACCAUUGAUCAUGUCUUAAACAGAGAGACCGUUGGGCAAAGUACGUUUAAUGCAUGGUUUGUAGCGAACCAGAAGUUUAAAGAAGCGAGCUUAUUAACUUACAUUGAGAUGCCUACCAAAUUUGUGUGGAAAAAGGACAUCCGUGAAUGGCAUCCAAGAAAGAAGGGUUUCUCAAUUGGUCGGAUAUUCUAUGUACCACCCGCUUCAGGAGAAAUGUAUUAUUUAAGGUCUCUAUUGAACAUAGUCCGCGGUCCAAAAAGCUUCCAAGAUAUUAGGACAGUUAAUGGUGUUGAGUACUUAACGUUUAGAGAUGCAUGUUAUGCUCAUGGAUUGCUAGACGAUGAUAAAGAAUACAUUGAUGCUAUAAAUGAAGCAAGCUACUGGUCAACUGCAUAUUCAUUAAGGAAGCUAUUUGUUGUCUUACUAACAUCCUCAUCCAUUAUUAGGCUCGAAAAUGUCUGGAAUCAAGUGUGGAAACAUUUGUCUGAAGAUGCUCAACACUAUCAAAGAAGAAUAUUAAAUCAACCAGAUUUGGUCUUAACAGAGGAAGAGAAAAAGAACUUUGCAUUGUUCGAAUUGGAAAACCUAUUGGGUCAACAAAAUAAGUCUUUAAAAGACUAUCCUCCGAUGCCAAUACCCAGUACUGAUCAUUCAAGGUUGUUUCAGAAUAGGCUGGUUUUUGAAGAGUUAAGUUACAAUUGCGAGCAGUUGAAAGAAGAUGCUGAAGUGCUUUCUGCCAAACUAACCGAAGAACAAAGUGUCAUCUAUCAUACGGUUAUAAAAGACAUUGCAGACGGUAAAGGUGGCUUAUUUUUUGUUUAUGGCUACGGUGGAACAGGAAAGACUUUCUUGUGGAGAGCAUUGUCAGCUGCAAUCCGAUGCAAAGGUCAGAUCGUUUUAAAUGUGGCAUCAAGUGGCAUAGCUUCUCUGUUGUUACCAGGUGGCCGAACUGCUCACUCAAGAUUUGCAAUACCUAUUGCAAUAAAUGAAGACUCAACCUGUAACAUUAAGCAAGGUAGCGACCUGGCCGAAUUGUUGAUAAAGACGAGUUUGAUAAUAUGGGAUGAAGCUCCCAUGAUGCACAAACAUUGUUUUGAAGCAUUAGAUCGAACUAUGAGGGAUUUAUUGCGUUUUGUAGACCCGUGUAGUGAAAUGAAGACGUUUGGUGGUAAAACUGUGGUUUUGGGUGGAGAUUUCCGCCAAAUUCUCCCUGUAGUUCCAAAAGGUACACGGCAAGAUAUUGUUUCUUCAGCCAUAAAUUCAUCAUACCUAUGGGAUAGUUGCAAAGUUUUAAGGUUGACACAAAACUUAAGACUAAGUUCGGUACCCAACGGUGGAAAUCGGCAGGCAUUAAAGGAAUUUGCCGAUUGGAUUGCUAAUGUCGGUGAUGGAAAGCUGGGUGGGCGGAAUGAUGGUUACGCAGAGGUUGAAAUUCCAAAACCCAUGUUAUUGUCAUCCGAAGCGGACGAUAUUAAAACAAUUGUGCACAGUACAUUUCCUAUGUUUGCAAAUGGAAACACUAACCCCAAGCAUCUGCUAGGUCGUGCUAUAUUAGCACCAACGCUCGAUGUGGUCAAUGCAGUAAAUGACUAUAUGACUGAGUUGCAUAAUGCCGAAAGCAGGUCGUACUUUAGUUCAGACGCAGUAGGCAAAGCCGACGGCGACAACGGUAUAUUUGGAGAUGUACACACACCGGAAUUUCUAAACAGCAUUAGGGUUUUAGGUCUACCGAAUCAUACAUUGACUUUGAAAAUAGGUUCACCGGUAAUGUUAAUGAGAAAUAUUGACCAUUCUCUUGGUUUGUGCAAUGGGACUCGGUUGAUAAUCACAAAACUAGCAGACCAUGUUAUUGAAGGCGAGAUUCUGUCUGGACCUAACAAAGGUACAAAAGUGUUGAUCCCUCGAAUGUCAAUGUCACCCUCUGAUCCAAGAUUGCCGUUCAAAUUUCAACGAAGGCAAUUUCCACUUAUGCUUUCAUAUGCAAUGACCAUUAACAAAAGUCAAGGACAAACGUUGUCUCAUGUUGGUUUAAUACUAAAGAAACCGGUUUUUGUACACGGUCAGUUGUACGUAGCUGCAUCUCGGGUUAACAAUCCUAACAGUCUCAAAAUAUUGAUAGUCAAAGACCCAAGUUCAACUACUACAUCAACCACUAAUGUUGUAUAUCAUGAAGUUUUCAAUAAUUUGUAA